AUGGGGGCUCCUGGGACACUUCCCGACCUGGCCAAGGUCUACGUUCCGAGCGAUACAGAACACGUCGUGACGAAGAAGUGGGCCCAAAGCGGCGCCUUCCACGCCGAGCCCGACCCGAAUGCAAAUACCGAAGGCGCUCCACCCACCUACGCGGUCGUCAUCCCGCCGCCGAAUGUCACCGCGGCCCUACAUCUCGGCCACGCACUCAACAAUACGCUCCAGGAUGUACUGGUCCGAUAUCACCGGAUGCGCGGCUUCAACACGCUCUGGAUGCCAGGCACCGAUCAUGCAGGAAUCGCGACCCAGACGGUGGUUGAGAAACGCCUCCUCCAGCAAGGAACUCGCCGACUCGACAUGGGGCGCGAGGCCUUCAUCGAGGUGACCCAGGCAUGGAAAGAGGAGUACGAGGCAACGAUCCUCGGUCAGCUCACCGAGAUGGGCGCCAGCUGCGACUUCGACCGCACCCGGUUCACGAUGGACGAGAUGUGUGCAACCGCGGUCCGUCACGCCUUUUACAGCUUGUUCAAGGACGGCCUCAUCUACCGAGGUAAACGCCUCGUCAACUGGGAUCCGGUCACGGGGACCGCGCUCGCAGAUGACGAAGUCGAGAUGGAAGACGUCGAUGGUCAUAUGUGGUACCUCCGCUACCCCCUCGAGGACGGCUCGGGGCACGUCACCGUCGCCACCACCCGACCCGAAACGAUGUUCGGUGACACCGCCGUUGCUGUUAACCCCAACCACCCUCGCGCAGCCGAGCCGGGCAAGUCCGUCUUGCUCCCGAUCAUCGACCGCGUCAUCCCGAUCGUGGAGGACGACUAUGUGGUGAUCGGCGACCCAGAUUCGUCGGACACCAAGGCACAGCUGUCCAGCGGCUUUCUGAAGGUCACGCCGGCCCACGAUCCGAACGACUGGGACAUUGGGCUGCGCCACGAACUCGAGGCGAUCAACGUCAUGGCCGCCGACGCCUCGAUCAGCAACCAACAUGGCUGGGAGGACAUUUCCGACAGCGCCAGCCCUUUCAUCGGCAUGUCUCGCGAAGAUGCUCGCGCUGCGGUCGUUUCUUGGUUCGACGAAAACGGCCUGCUCGAAAAGGUCGUCGAAUACCGUCACUCGGUCGGGCACAGCUACCGCAGUCAUGUGCCGAUCGAACCGUGGCUCUCCGACCAGUGGUACGUAGCUGCCUCCGACGACCGGCUUGCUGGCUCGGCACUGCGCGCACAGCGCGCCGAUCAGGUGACCGGCCUCGCACCAGAACAUCGGGCCGGCGACGCAACCGGGGACGGCGAGCUGCGAUUCGUGCCGGAUCGCUACGCAAAGACGUUCCAGCAGUGGCACGAGGGCAUCAACGACUGGUGUAUCAGCCGCCAACUCUGGUGGGGUCAUCAAAUCCCGGUGUGGAAUCGGACUACCAAUAUCGAUGCCCCGGACGGUGAAGGACGGUCCGCAGUCGACCGCGCAGUCACGGCAGCCCUUGCUGCACCCGAAGCCGGAACCGCUGUUCCCAUCCAGAGUGCAUGGUCGGCCGCCGGCGGUAUCCACGUCGCCCGCCAGGUCACCGACACCGAGGUCGUCGAGAGCGUCUGCGUUCCCAACGACUCCACGCUCCAACGGCUCGACCGCGUAGAUGCGUCGAUGAACGAAGCACGACUGGUCGCCGCCCUGGAGGCCGAUGGCUUCACCCGCGACCCCGACGUGCUCGACACCUGGUUCUCCUCGGCCCUCUGGCCCAUGUCGACCAUGGGAUGGCCGUACCCCGAGGACUUCCCCGAAACGACGAGCACCGGGCUGAAUGGCGAGGGCAGCGACCUCUUGUCGACCUUCAACCCAACUUCGUUACUCAGCACUGCGCGAGAGAUCAUCACACUGUGGGUUAGCCGAAUGGUGAUGUUCAACCGCUACUUCCUCGACGGACAGUUGCCCUACACCGACGUCUUUAUUCACGCGAUGGUCCAGGACGGACACGGCCAGAAGAUGUCGAAGAGCCUCGGCAACGGCGUCGACCCGCGAGACAUCAUCUACAGCCACGGCGCCGACGCGAUGCGGUUCACCCUCGUCCAAAUGACCACGGAUACCCAGGACGUGCGCAUGCCCGUCGACAUGGUCUGCCCGCACACCGGCGAGGCGUUCACACCGGAGUUCAUCACGACCAAGGCGGGCCACCAAGUCGCUGCUCCCGAACAGCGCAGCCCGAGCGACCCGACGAAGAACAUGGUCAGCGCGUACGGCUUGGCCGCUGGUCUGGCCAGCGCAUCGGACACCGCACCGCUCGCCCGAAAUACUUCAGCCAAGUUCGACGGCGGAAGAAACUUCUCGAACAAGGUGUGGAAUGCCGUGCGAUUCGCGGUCAGCCGCCUCGACGAGACCACCAGCUCGGCCGACGCCGUGUCGGCAUCGUCCACACAAUUCGUCGAUCGGUGGAUCCUCGCGAAACUCGAGGACACGGUCCGAGCGCUCGAAUCAGCGAUCGAGAAUUACCAGUUCAACGUCUACGCCGACACCCUGUACGACUUCAUCUGGAGGGACGUCUGCGAUCGCUAUCUCGAGGCGAUCAAGCCCACGAUCGAUGAUGACGGAGCUCAGCAGGCAGUGCUCGGCUCGGUGCUGGACGCCUCGCUUCGGCUCAUGCACCCGGUGUGUCCGUUCAUCACCGAGACGCUCUGGCCCCACGUGAGCAACGCCCGCCGGGGCAACAUCGUCGGGCUAAAACUCCCGCCGGCAGAGCUUCUCGCAACCGCGGCCUGGCCCGUGAUCGAUGCAUCGCUGGCCGAUAACGUUGUGGUUGGAGAUUUCGACCGCGCCUAUCGUCUCAUCACUGAGAUCCGCACCCUACGCGCUAAGCAGAAUGUGAAGCCCAAGCAGCGCAUCGCCCUUCACGCGCCGAGCCCUGUGCUCGGCCUCGUCUCCGCCGCAGGUGGCCUGAUCGAGACUCUGGCCGGUGUCGGCGAAGUUGCCGACUCGUCGGGCGGGGUCCCUCCGAUCUCAUCCCCGGUCGCUUUCGAAGGCUCACAGGUCUUUCUUUCUGGCUUGUCCGACGAGGUGAACGUGGACGACGAACGGACUCGACUCGAGGGGGUCAUCGAACAAAAGACCAAGCAGAUCGACGGCUUCGCCGGCAAGCUCUCAAAAGACGGCUACGUAAAUGGCGCUCCGCCACAUCUAGUCCAGGAGACCCGCGAGAUGCUCGUCGCGGCCGAGGCCGACCUCGCCGCCGCGAAGGCGUCGCUCGAAGGGCUCGGGAGGUUCGCCGACGUCGGCAUCGACGUCGAGUGGAUCGACUAUCCGGGCGGCACCGGAGCCAUCAUGGCGGCGCUGGAGGCGGGCGAGAUCGAGAUGGCCACACCUCUCACCGAGGGCGCGGUCACCGCAAUCGCCAACGGCACCGAGUCGAGCCUGGUCUCGGUGUGGGUCAGCUCGCCGUUGUUGUGGGGAGUGCACGUAGCCGGGACAUCCAAUGCACAGUCGAUCGACGACCUCGAGGGCGGUCGGUUCGCGAUCUCACGAUUCGGAUCGGGCUCCGAACUGAUGAGUCGAGUGAUGGCUGAACAGCGCGGCUGGACGCUCACCGAAGACUCAUGGGUCGUCGUCGGUGGUCUCGAUGGAGCCCUGUCCGCCCUUCCGUCGGGUGAUGCGGAGGUCUUUCUGUGGAACAUGUCGAUGACCCAGCCGUACGUCGAUGACGGCACCCUAAAGCGGGUCGGAGUAUUCCCGACUCCGUGGCCAAGCUUUGCAAUUGCGGCCGCGGACGCGUUUCUCGAGACGGCACCUGAUCUGGCGGCGACGAUCGUCGAGGUCGCGCUCUCUCGGGCGGCUGAUCUCGAGCUCGAUGAGGGUGCGGCGGGGAUCGUCGCCGAACGCUACGGGCUCGAGGUGCGCGGCGCUCUCGAAUGGAUGACGCAGGUCGACUGGGCCGUUCCAGGCUCUCCCCUCGAUCAGGGAAUGAUCGCAUCGGUCGAGUCCGCAAUGCGCUCCAUCGGCCGCAUCUCGCACUAG